UUUGUCACCUUUGCUGUUUAUUUUUUCAUGCAAAAUCCGAAGUGACCAAUACAAAUAUGUGUGUAAAAUCGCCAAAGGUAAAUCAAUUAACACUUGUUAGUUUGUGACAUCACAAAAGAAGCAGAACCUGUUUUUAUAGUGAGUGGGUAGUCACUUCCAUGUCAGCAUAUACUCGGGUGUUCCACAUCACAGAACCUCACUUUUACACUGUCUCGUCAACUGGAAGGUUCUCUCUCUGCUGAAAAGGGUCACUGACUUGUCACCGAUGGAUUCCACAGUAUCCGGAUUUGCCCCUCGGGCUAGCCGCUUUUUCAUCCUACUCGCAAUAUUCAUUAUACAAACAGCAGCUCAAUCUCCACCAGGUGCGCCUAUAAUUACCUCUCCACCAGCAAUUAAAAAAGAUGACCAGAUUACUCUGACCUGUACUGUCAAUGGAGGUUCCCCGUCCCCAUCAGUUAAAUGGUUGAGGGACGACAUUGUCAUCGACGAUACGUAUACCACCACACAAACAGCCGACGGACCUCUAGUAGUUAACACGUAUUCAUUCGUGGCAGAUAACGAGGAACAUUUGGAAGUGUUCGAAUGUCAGUCUGAAAAUGGUGUUUUACAGAAUCCUCUAUCCAGAACUAUAUUCGUCGAGGUGUGGAGACCCCCUACUAUGCCCGUUUUAGUAGGUCCAAACGAGGUAUUACCAGGAGCACAGACAACAUGGACUUGUACUUCAUUGGGAGGAUACCCUGCACAAAAAAUGUCAAUGAGAAUGGGAAAUAAUGUAUUUACUAACGAACUUACAACAAACACGGCAUAUGUGGCUGCUACCGAGUCCUACACCGUAACUGGAACCCUUUUAUGGGCCCCAACAACAGCGAACGAUCAACAGACUUUGUUUUGUGAUGUGACCCACGCUGAAACAUUAAGCGCCCCACAGACAGUCAGCAAAAUACUUACCGUAAGAUCUCCACUGGCAGUGAAUGCACCAAGAACACUGUACGAACCUACAACAGGACAAACUAUCACCUUGACAUGUCAGGUGACAUCUGGAACGGCCACAUCGAUCACCUGGUACAAGGACAACCAACUGUUAAACCUUAAUGCUAAUUCAAGAUUAUCUGGCGCCAGUCCUGGAUCACCUUCGAUGACCAUCAGCAACGUACAAACAAGUGAUACUGGCAAUUACAUAUGUUCAGCUUCCGAUGCAUCUGUAACGAGAAAUACAAGUACCAUUACUGUAACACCAAGAGCAUCUCCAACACAGCCAACCCUGGUUGGUCCAACCUCAAUGACAGCUGGUUCCUCUGGUACCUGGACCUGUACUUCUAUCGGAGGCUUUCCUCUCCAAACCAUGUCCAUGAGAAUUAACAAUGUGGUCGUCAACAGUAAUGAACUCUCCAUAAACUCCCAGUAUAAUUCAAACUUGAGGACCUACACAGUAGUGGGAACAUUGAACAAGGUACUCAACAUGGGACACAAUGGACAGACGCUCUUCUGUGACGUAACCCACCCAGAAACAUUGACGUCACCACAGACCGUCAGCUUACCAUUAACAGUCAGAUCUCCAUUGGCGGUUAACGCACCAAAGACAUUAUACGAUCCUUCCACUGGACAGACCAUUGAACUAACAUGUGUCGUCACUUCCGGUACAGCUACUGGUAUUAGUUGGUACAGAAAUAACCAGCUAUUAGUACUAGCAUUUAAUAAUCGAUAUUCUGGUGGAAGUCCCCAGUCACCUUCCUUGAGCAUCAGCAACGUACAACUAAGCGAUGCCGGCAAUUACGUAUGUUCAGCUACAGAUGGCAGUGUUACUAGAAACACAAGUAUCAUCACUGUAGCUCCCAAAGCCACCCCAACACAGCCAACACUGACUGGUCCACAAUCGCUGCUAUCGGGAACAACUGGUACCUGGACAUGUACUUCUAUCGGAGGCUUUCCUCUUCAAACCAUGUCCAUGAGAAUAAAUAACCAGGUUUUCGCCAGUAAUCUUCUGUCGAUAAACUCCCAGUAUGAUGCCAACUCGAGGUCUUACAGAGUUGUGGGAACACUAAACUGGGCACCUAAUAUGGGAAAUAAUGGACAGACGAUGUAUUGUGAUGUCACCCAUCCCCAAACUCUUACUAGUCCCCAGACUGUUAGCUUACCGUUGACUGUAAGAUCUCCCCUGGCUGUAAACGCACCAAAGACCUUAUACGAUCCUUCAACUGGACAGACCAUUGACCUCACAUGUGUGGUCACUUCCGGUACUGCUACUGGGAUAACUUGGUACAAGAACAAUCAACCUGUAAUAAUAUCUUUCAAUAAUCGAUAUUCUGGUGGAAGUGUUCAGACUCCUUCCUUGACCAUAAGCAACGUACAACUUAUUGAUGCCGGAAAUUACGUAUGCUCAGCAACAGAUGGCAGUGUCACUGUCAACACAAAUACUAUCACUGUAGCUCCCAAAGCCACCCCAACACAGCCAACACUGACUGGUCCACAAUCACUGCUAUCGGGAACAACUGGUACCUGGACAUGUACUUCUAUCGGAGGCUUUCCUCUCCAAACCAUGUCUAUGAGAAUAAAUAACCAGGUUUUCGCCAGUAAUCUUCUGUCGAUAAACUCCCAGUAUGAUGCCAACUCGAGGUCUUACAGAGUUGUAGGAACACUAAACUGGGCACCAAAUAUGGGAAAUAAUGGACAGACGAUGUAUUGUGAUGUUACCCAUCCCCAAACUCUUACUAGUCCCCAAACUGUUAGCUUACCGUUGACUGUAAGAUCUCCCCUGGCUGUAAACGCACCAAAGACCUUGUACGAUCCUUCAACUGGACAGACCAUUGCCCUUACAUGUGUCGUCACUUCCGGUACUGCUACUGGGAUAACUUGGUACAAGAACAAUCAACCUGUAGUAAUAUCUUUCAAUAAUCAAUAUUCUGGUGGAAGUGUCAACACUCCAACAUUGACCAUCAGCAACGUACAACUAAGUGAUGCCGGCAAUUACGUAUGUUCAGCAACAGAUGGCAGUGUUACUAGAAACACAAGUAUCAUCACUGUAUCGGUCAAAGCCACCCCAACACAGCCAACACUGACUGGUCCACAAUCACUGCUAUCGGGAACAACUGGUACCUGGACAUGUACUUCUAUCGGAGGCUUUCCUCUCCAAACCAUGUCUAUGAGAAUAAAUAACCAGGUUUUCGCCAGUAAUCUUCUGUCGAUAAACUCCCAGUAUGAUGCCAACUCGAGGUCUUACAGAGUUGUAGGAACACUUAACUGGGCACCUAAUAUGGGAAAUAAUGGACAGACGAUGUAUUGUGAUGUCACCCAUCCUCAAACUCUUACUAGUCCCCAGACUGUUAGCUUACCGUUGACUGUAAGAUCUCCAUUGGCAGUAAAUGCACCACAGAACCUGUACGAACCAACAACUGGUCAAACCGUCAUACUGGAAUGUCGUAUCACAGCCGGAACAGCUACUGGAAUCACAUGGUACAAGAACGGGCAGAUGGUUAUUAAGGCUUCCGACUUCCGGUUAUCUGGUGCACUUGCUAGUUCUCCCUCAUUAACCAUCAGUAACGUACGCUUAACUGACACUGGCAAUUAUAUCUGUUCAGCAACAGACGGCAGCGUUACUAGAAACACCAGUACCAUCACUGUUACUGCCAAAGCCACCCCAACACAGCCAACACUGACUGGUCCAACGGCACUGACCGCCGGAACACCUGGUACCUGGACAUGUACUUCUAUCGGUGCCUUCCCUGCACAAUCUAUGUCUAUGAGAAUUGGCAACCAAGUUUUCAGUCAGGAACUGUCGGUGAAUACCCAGUUUAAUGCCAACGCGAGGUCAUAUACAGCAGUGGGUACACUUAACUGGUCCCCAACCAUGGUAAAUAAUGGACAGACAAUCUUCUGUGAUGUGACCCACCCAGACACACUAAAUGGCCCACAGACCGUUAGCCUUCCAUUGACGGUCAGAUCUCCAUUGGCGGUCAAUGCACCUACAACAUUCUAUAAUCCAAUGGAGGAUGAAACUGUGACUCUAAAUUGUGUCGUCACUUCCGGAACUGCUACAGGAAUUAAAUGGUACAAAAAUACAGUCCAGAUUAAUAUUGCUGCCAACACUAGAAUUACCGGUGCUUCGAAUAACUCUCCUUCCAUAACAAUGACAGAUGUUGUACUUUCCGAUGGUGGCAGUUAUACUUGUGAGGCCACAGAUGGAUUUGCUACAGUUUCAACAAAUACAAUUACUGUUACUGUUAGGGAGAAACCAUGGUUGGAAUACAACAUUAUUACCUAUGUCCUUAAAGACUAUAACAAACUUGUUCGCCCAGUAGAUCCAGUCAACAACCUCACACACUCUCUAAUCCCACAACAAAUCUUUGAAUUUGAUGGUAAGAAGAGAUUUGUACUCCAGUCAAUGCAGUGUAUGAACUGGAAUGACCCCAGACUGACCUGGCCAAAAGGACAACCCAGAAUUAGUCUUCCAUCAUCAGAAAUCUGGAUACCAGACAUUGUUCUUCUAGGACACAAAUAUGAAUCCGACUUCCAUACCAAAGUGAUUGUAAUGAAAAAUGGUGACGUAACAUAUUGUCCACAAGGACCACUCAUUUCAACUGAUUGUCAAGAAAAAUCUGGAGAAGUAUACGAGUGCACCUUUAAAUUUUUGUCAUGGUCCUACGACAAGGUCAUGUUAGACAAAUAUUUCCCAGGAUUCGCCUCCAGACCAUCAAUUGAUAUGUCCAUCUUCUAUGAACAUGACGAGUACGAAAUUGUGAGCAGAUGUGCUGUGCGACGUGAAAUGACAUACCCUUGCAGAGAUGGAACCUACCCAGAACUGACCUACACAUUUGUACUCAGACGUCGUAGAUCGUUCUGUAGAAAUCUCAAUCAAAGUCCGACCUGUAAUUGAAAACCACCUUGACAUAAACAUUGAUGACCAGCAACUAUCAUUCAUAAACUUUUUGUAAUCAAAUGUCACCACCAUUUGAUGUGAAUGCUCAUUGUACUGAAAAAAUGGACUUUUUGUUAAACAUUGCAUCAUAUAUUUGACAUUUAUUUAAUUAUAUUUUUAGCUAAUGGCUAUUCCUUAUACAUGUUAGAUUAAUAUUUUAACUUUAGUUUAUAUAUCCUCUAAAGUGCUAUGUUUUUUGAAAUUAUGAGAACUUAAAUUAUAAAGUUGUCAAAAAUAAAAUGCUCAAGGAAA